AUGACUAUGUUUCAAAAAUCGAAAACAUAUGACACGAAUAGUGAACUGAUAGCUAUGGUGAUAAGAAACGAUUUUUUCCUUUUUAUUGGCAGUAAUAACCUUCUGUUUAUCGAUGCGCUGAAGCAGCGCCAGGGGACCCUUUUAACCAAUGAAACUCGAGAGUUGUUCGAAACGAAAGUAGAAGCGUCUCUGAACUUUGCCUUAGAAGAAUGCCGACGUAUUGUAUGCCACAGCCCUCAAAACCCGCUGAAGCUGAUGGUCAAAAAAGUUACAUAUUUUAAGGCUUCUCAAACUUCUGUGUCGUUUUUGUUCAUCUGUUUCUCAAUAUAAAGCUACUCGUUUAUUCACUUACUUCUAUGUCACACCAACAAAAAAGGGUUUGAGACUUUUGAACUCAAGUUUUAC